AUGUCGGAUAACGCGAAGCAAAGAAUUGCUGCGAUCGGCAGCCACCUAUCGCCGCCGAGCAGUGGCUCGGGGAGCUUUGAGGGUAUACCUAGUAUUCAAAAGGUCGCCGGCAAGUCUAAUGGACCUCGUGUGUCAGGCAAAGUUGUGAUAAUUACAGGUGCCAAUUCGAUCAUGGGAAUAGGUCGAGCGGCUGCGCAUCUCUUUGCCGAAGCUGGCGCGAAAGCCAUCUAUACCUGUGAUUACGACAGUAAACAUCUCGAAACCCACAAGCGCGAAAUUGCCUCUUUGUACCCUGCCGUCGACGUUCACAUCCGACAAUUCGACGCAGCCGACGAGCAGGCGGUAAAGGCUGUGGUGGAUCACGCUAUGCAAAACUACGCGAGGCUGGAUGUAUUUUUCGCCAAUGCCGGCAUAGUAGGUCCCAUGGCGCCUUUUACGGAUAUCAGUAAGGAGGACUUCAUGAAAGUAAUAGAUACCAACACCGCUAGUGUAUUCUUAGCCGCCAAAUAUGCAGCGCCUGCUAUGAUGAAGACCUCGUCGGAGAAAAUAUCAGCCUCCGGAAGUAUUAUCGGGACGGCCUCGGUGGCGGGUCUAAGGUCAAAUGCUGGCUCGACCCCAUACUCUGCCUCCAAGGCCGCAGUUGUCUCGCUCGCCCAAUCAAUUUCAUACCAGCUCUCUGACACAGGCGUUCGCAUCAACUGUGUCUGUCCUGGCCUAAUUGAGACUGGAAUGACGGCUCCAACCUUCGCCUCUGCUCGAGCCCGAGGUACAGAGAAGAAGCUUGGGCAGCUAAAUCCCUUGAAGAGAGCGGGUAUGGCUGAUGAGGUGGCAAGGGUCGUCUUGUUUCUAGGAAGCGAUGAAGCAAGCUACGUCAAUGGUCAAGCCUGGGCCAUCGAUGGCGGACUGAGCGCCGGACACCCUUACGUUCUUGGGAAGAUGGCUUAA